AUGUUGCCUCGGCGCCUGGACUGUUUCCUUGACUGGUUGCCCGCGUCUGCCGCCUGUCACAGCCUGUCACGGUGUGUCCCUGCUGUGCCCACCAUCACGCUUGCUCCCGGGGCUGCCUCCGGCCAAGCCACGCUGUUCUCUUCUCAAUCAGUGGAUUACAACCCGGUUACUGGCCGGCCUGCACCCCGGAGCAGCCAGUCAGCUAUGCGGCUACUGUUCGUGGCUUUCCUGCUGGCCUCUCUGCGGCUCCUGUCAACACCGGCUCCGUCCAUGACGCUUCGUUACACGUCCUCACAGCUCAUCAGACUCAACCACCGCGUACCUCCUUCACUGGACAUCACCUCAACUCUGCAACAACACUGUCUUGUCCGCCGUCGCCCCUACAUCCACCGAGGGUCCCAUCCAUGCGCAGCUCACACCGGCUUGGUUCCAACAACAUCCGCAUACGUCAUCCGAGCACUCAUCACGUGA